AUGCCUGGGGCUGGUCCCAAGAGUUACCCUUGCAUUUUGUGCAAUAAAAGGACAAAGCCUGGGGAUCGGCGACCUGUUUCUUCAAAUAGAAAGUAUACAGAUUUCCUUAAAAAGAACUACCUUGUAGAGGUUGCACUAGAUGAUGUUUCUUGUAGCAAGUGUUACAGAAAAUACACCAGAUCUGUUUCCCUAUCUGAUAACAGCAACAUUUCAAGUCAGUUUCCAUCACAGCAUGAGAGUCAAGACCCAACCUAUCAACCACCAAAGAAACGUAAAACAAUGCAAACGUUACAGAGUCCUAAAAACAUUAUUUUACCUAUUGCUGCAUCAGGAAAUAGUCAUUCAACUUGCGUUGUAUGUAAAAGAAGGGGACCAAAGUUAGUGACUGUAUCUCUAGAAUCACGUUAUAGACUUUUCGUGGAGAAAGGACACCUUAUCAUUUCUGGAACAAGAUGCUGUCCCAAUCAUCUUAAUUCUGAUGGCUACUUUUCAACAGAAGCAAAAGGUGUAAUCAAAGAUGCUGACAAUGCAAAAUCUUGCUUUAAUCGUACUGAGAUUUUCAGUUUGAUUGACAAUGUUCGUGCCAUAGCAAUAAGAAAUGAACAGAAGAUGAUUGACUUUGAUGACCCAAAUUCUUUAACUGAUGGGGACUACGUUAGCCUGACUGGCCUAUCUAAAAAUGACUUUGAGGAUCUAAGCCAGUAUAUCUCUACCGUGAAGUCAUCUAAGAAUAGGACAAGCCAAACCUGCCUAUCAGUACUGCUAGUCAAACUUCGCACAGGAUUAUCCAAUAGACUGAUGUCAACCAUGUUUAACAUUGGGAAAUCAGCGAUAAGACGGGCCAUACAUUCAGCACGAGAGGCACUGUGUUUUAAUUUUGUACCAAAAUUUCUUGGAUUCCAGCACAUAUCCAGAGAAAAGGUUAUCAGUAAACAUACCCGUCCAUUAGCAGAAGAGCUUUUUGGAAAUUUUAGCAAUCCUCCAGCUAUCUUAGUAAUAGAUGGAACAUAUAUCUACAUCCAGAAGAGUGGGAACUUCCAGUUUCAGCGGCGUAGUUACAACACUUAUAAGAACCGACCUCUAGUCAAGCCAAUGGUGUAUGUGACUACAACAGGCUAUAUUGUGUCUGUCAUGGGUCCUUAUUUGUCUGAUUCCAAGAAUAAUGAUGCUGGGAUUAUUAAACAUGCAGUACAAGGAAAUAUGGAAAACAUGAUGAACUGGUUAACAGAAGAAGACAUCAUUGUUGUUGACAGAGGAUUCAGAGAUGCAGUAGAAAUGCUUCAAGACCUAGGAAUUAAGUCUGAGAUGCCAGUGUUUUUACCUAAAGGUCAAAAGCAGUAUACUACAGUAGAGGCAAACACAUCACGGCUUGUCACAAAGGUACGUUGGGUGGUAGAGUCUGUGAACGGUCGGAUUAAACAAUGGAAAUAUCUUUCCAACACUGUACCCAACACACAGAUUCCCUAUAUUGGAGACUUUGUCCACAUAGUUGCAGCGUUAUGCAAUAAAUACAGACCUCCAUUGAACAGUGCAGACCAUGAUGCUGAUCAGAUCCUAGCUGCUUAA